AUGGCAGCCCCCCCAACGUCCUCCUUCAAAUCCUUCCAAACAAACCUCACCGAAACCAAAGCCCACUCCACGACCACCAACGGCAACCCCGUGAGCAGAGGCCCCUCCCCCAACAGAGGCGCCUCCAUCCAGGACAAUGAAGCCAUUGGCUCCGAGUCCGUCACUCAGAAAUCAUGGUUGUCGGAGCAGGGGAUUGAUCAGUCGAAGUGGGUGAUGUUGAGGAAGUUGAGUCAUAUGAGGUAUCAGCAUGAGGAUCUUGAUGAGAUUACGGUGUUUAUGAGAGAUUUCGGUAUGCAUGUGGUGAAGAAGACGGAUACAGAAAGGUGGUAUAGUGGUUACGGACCAGAUCAGUACGUGUACUAUGCCCGUGAAGGGCCGCGAAAGUUUCUUGGCGGUGCUUUUGAAGUCGAGAGCUAUGAGGAUCUGGAGAAGGCAGCAGAAAUCCACAAAGACCGCUUACAGACCAAAGGCGUCGAAGAAAUGCACUCAGCACCCGGCGGCGGGCACAUCGUAACAAUCACAGAUCCAGAAGGCUUCCCACUGAACCUAAUCCACGGCCAAAAACCCACAGACCCCAAGCCAAUGCCCGCAAAACUCAUCCUCAACGACGAAUCCACAAAACCGCGACAACGACAAUUCCAACGCUUCCAGCCCGGUCCCGCCGCCGUCCAUAAACUCGGCCACUUCGGCCUCGUAUCAGCCGAUUUCCUCGCCCUACAAAAAUGGUAUACGCAGAACUUCAACAUCGUGCCCUCGGACUUAUUGUACGUCAACUUACCGUCCGGCGAGAGGAAAGAAGUCGCGUUGUUCGCGCAUUUGGACCGUGGUCAGGACUUAGUGGAUCACCAUACGAUAUUUUUGAGCACGUUGACACCGGAUAGUUCGAUUCCGGAACCGCACGUGCAUCACUGUAGUUUUGAGGUUCAUGACUUUGAUACGCAGGCGUUGGGGCAUCAGUGGUUGGCUGAGAAGAGGUAUAAGGAUGUUUGGGGGGUUGGGAGGCAUAUUUUGGGGAGUCAGAUUUUUGAUUAUUGGUGGGAUACUUCGAAAUUCAUGGUUGAGCACUAUGCGGAUGGUGAUCUGGUGAAUGAGGAUACACUGGUUGGAUAUGGACCUGCUGGUCACGAAGGCUUGGCUGUAUGGGGUCCGGACGUACCGACAGAAUUCUUACAUUAA